GAACACGUAGCACAACUGACAAGAGAAGCAUCAGAAUUAGAGAAAAAUCAGGCACAAGCUCAACAAACACUUACUACCACAGAGAACACUUUGAGAGAUGCUCAAGCCAAACAUCAGACAGCAGAAGCUAAUUUCAAGACCACCACUCAACAACUGACGGCGAAACAACAAGCUGCUCAAGAGACAGAAACCCUGGCUGCUCAGAAACAACAGCAAGUCGAAGCCAAACAAGCUGAACAUACAGCAAAACAAGGAGUGGCGCAAGAAGCCAAGAACAAACUCGGCCUCAUCGAUCAAGAUCUGGCAUUAGCCAAUAAGACCAAAGUUGAGUUAGAAAAUGAAAAGAGAACACAAGAAAAUACUCUACGUACAGAACAAGCCAAAAGUGAACAACUCAAUGCCGAACAGCAGCAGCUGAAAGCAAAAGUGGAGGCGAUGCAACAGAAGAAGCAACAACUGGAUAAACACAUGCAAGAUCUCAAGAAUCAGCUAGAUACACAAAAUGGAGACAUGAUGCAAAAGAGUGGUGAAGUUAAGAACACCACUGCCGACUUGCAGACGAAAGAACAACAAAAGACUCAACUUCAGUCGCAGUUCGAGGAACGUACUGCUCACUUUGAGCGUGUCAAAGUACAGAUUCGUGAAAAUGAGCAAAGUAUGCGAGAGAAUGAACGAAACAUAAAUCAAACCACACAAGCCAUACAUAAACAAGAAGUCGCCAAGCAGAUGAGCGAACGUAAAGUAGCGGAGACAGAGCAACGUCUUCGUCAAACGAGUGAACGCCUUCAACAACUGUCCGAUGAAGUUCAGGAGAAGAAAAAAGAACAUGAUGAACAACGUGAUCGACAUACUCAACUGACAGCUGAUAUCGAACAACGUCAAAUAGUAAGAGAACAUUUGGAGAAAAAGGCCGCAGAUACGCACGAUCGAUAUGCAUCAAAACAAAAGUGGGUGAGAAGUGCGGUGACUAAUGUCGCCGAACUCAGCCUUGAAGUUAGCAAUAUUAAGUUAAAUAAUCGCUUAAUAGCAGAAACUAACCGACAGCAACAACACAAACAGCACGACCUGUUCUUACACAAUGACAGUGUUGUAGCCAAUAUUCCAAGACCACGAGAACAACAACAACAUAUUUAUCGCAAGACAUAA